CCUCAGCUAGCCACUGCAGCUAUAUCAGUCUUCUACGAGAACUGUACCUCUCUCAGCCAUCAUGUGCAAGUUGGUGAUCCUGCCCCUGUUGUUCGCCGCCGUCUCGGCCGGUCUGGUGGGACACGGCAUCCCGGCGCUCGGCUCCGUGGCGGUCCACGCUCCGGUCGUAGCUGGCCCGGGUCUGGGCUCCGUGGCGAUCCACGCCCCCGUCGUAGCUGGCCCCGCCCUGGGCUCCGUGGCGGUGCACGCCCCCGUCGUAGCCGCCGCCCCCCUCGCCACCUCCUACACCAGCGUGAUCAGGGGCCCCGCCGUCGCCGCUCUGCCGCUGGGAGCGCACGGGCCCGCCGUCAUCGCCGCUCAUGGCAUCCACGGCUGAGACCACCACACUACCCUCGCACUGAGCCCGCCUCGAGCUGACAAGCCGCAAUAAACUAUACCCAACACCAACCAUGUCUCUCAUUUGUACUGCAUUGUUGACCCUAGGUGUCGUACCUAGAUAUAACCCUUUAUUUCCCAUCCUCUUUUCUGAUAUUCCUGAUAAAUAUUGUCGUGAUGUUGGGGUUAAUUUUAAAGAAAAAAUUUAAAUGUUAUCAAAUAAGUAGGUAAGAGUCUAUAAAAGUUGUUUUAACUUUAUUGGGGGCAAAAGUAGCUCUAGGUGAACUCGCUUGAUAUUCUACUUUAAAUUUUCGAAAGACAUUCGUCUUAUAAAUUCCUCUUAAAUUUAUAAAAUACUCUGAACUUUAAUGGAUAUAGAUUCUGCUCCCUGUACAGAAUGUCUAGAGAGAUAUAAAUAAAAUGAAAUACUUAAAAAAACUUAAAAAAAAUUAAAAA